AUGUCGGAGGAGGAGGUGGUCACCGGCGACGAGGCUCCUUCGGGCUCGGGACACAGAAUUAAGAUCAAAAUGACGAACGAAGGCCGUGUCCUAGAAGAAAAAGGUCCCUCAAAAGGGAUCUCUCCUCUCUCCCCUCUCCCGCCUCCGCAUGAAGGCCCAGCUGGAGGCAGCGUGGAUGGGAAGCAUGAGCUAAACAAGGUGGAAACAGCCCCCGAAACCUCGUCUGGAAUACCUGCUUCUUCCCCCGGAACAGAGCCAGCCGGCAGCACGCUGUCACUACCAUUGGGCCGAGCAGAUAUCGAGCACAGCAUUUCCUCGGAGACUGCGGAGGGAAGAAACGAAGGAAGGCCCCUGUGUGCGGAGACCUUGGCGUCACCCGAGAGCACGCCCGCUUCGACGGCCCCCCCCAAGAAGAAGACCAGCAAGGCCAAAAGGCAGCGCGCUCCUGGCCCCGGAACAGCUCCCGUCGAGCCUACAUCCCUCCCUGUGGCCGACGUGGAAACACAGCAGGUGACCGAGGAAUCCUCCUCCGGCCCUUCCCCUUCCUGUGCUCCGCCCUCCGCCCCCCCCCCCGGAAGCCAUGGCCACCUCCGGAGGCAACAGCCCCGACACGGGCAGCAGGGGUGAGGACAACGCCGGCGGUGGUAGCGACCGAAGGAAAGGCUUGGCUCGUAGCGGACUGGUGUGUCAGCACGAUUCUCAGUGCAUGGAGCCCCGCACGACCAAGGACCGAGGGGGGGGA